AUAUGAUAAAGUUGGAUGCAGGAGGAAGGAGAGAUGAACCAUCGCGCCGGCGGUAAGGUUUGUUGUCCUCGAUCAGCUGUGAGCUCGCCGUGUAGGGAGCUCGUAUUCCUGCUGGAAGUAAGGGAAAGGAAUCUUCGCCAGCAACCUUCGUGGUGCCAUCAGUACAAGCCUGCACGGUGCCACCAGUACAAGCCUGCACGGUGCCAUCAGUACAAGCCUGCACGGUGCCAUCAGUACAAGCCUGCACGGUGCCAUCAGGAAGAGGAACGUUCAGUAGGCACCGCUGUGCUGCCAUCGGCAGGGAUAGUCAUGGCUUCCUUUUUUGGUCUGGAUAAGCUGGUCAAAGCGGCUCGAAUUAUUAAGAAUCACGGUGGGAUUAGGGGAUCCCUGUAUCAGCUCUACAGGGUUGAUGACCUUAAGGAUGGCACGUUAGUGGGCAAGGAUGCUCUGGGGAACAAAUACUACGAAAACAAGCAGCUUACACUUGGUCGUGACCGAUGGGUAAUAUAUCACCCACGGUAUGGUAUGGAUUAUGACGGAUCUCAGGUGACAGUCGAAUGGUACGGAUGGUUACACCACAAGACCGAUAAGCCUCCAACUGAGGAAGCUCCAAUUACUUACAGCUGGGUAAGUGAACAUACAGAGAACAAAACGGGGACUGAAGAAGCAUACAUGCCAUACACCACCACCAAGCCGAAAAUUGAAGCGUGGGUUCCUCCUAAAUGCCAGUAGAUUAAUAUUUCACUUAUUUUAUCACUCUGAAUCAUAGUAAAAAAAUUGGUGUAAUAAUUAAGAUAAGUAUAUUUAUUAAGGUGAUUCUUUAAUUUGUGAGCUGUACAAUACUGCAAUUCUCUUGGACACAGUUUAUUUUUAAUUUGAGUAAAGUUCCAUUUCAUGAAGCACAAUUGUAUUUAGAGAUGGCAUACUGUGCUCAGGAUUUUUGGCUUAUCAAUAGUUAUGGAUGAUGUAUGAUUUAUUUUGUCAAUCUAAUGUAAAACUCUUUAAUUUUCUUUGUACAAUUAGUUUUCAUGGUCAAAGAAUGUUUGAUCUUCAGAAACAAACUUUUUGUUGAUUAAAUUUUGGUAAAUUUAUUCACACAUCAAUUGUUAUUGAUUCACCUCUUAUUUUAUUGCAUUGUCUGAGAAAAUAUUUUAGGAAUGAUGCCAUGUUUUUUCACACUUAAAAUGGAAUACCAUUAGCUUGUCGAGUAAAACUGUUCAGUAGUAAGAGAGAUCCCAUCUUGUGACACCAGGCUUAUUCCUGUAGUACUAUUAUAAAUGUAUGUGAAAUGCUGUGGGUUAAUGCAAUAUAGAAUAUAAAUGAAAAUUAUAUAUUUUUAACACUAUCCUGGCCUGAGUAGCAUCACACGUCUCUCCAAUUAGUUCAAAAAGGUUAAAGUACUUGUACAGCAUUAAGUAAACUUAUCUACUGAAAUUCAAAGCCACCAAGUUGAUGUCUCUCAAGUCUUUGAUAAUAAAGUUUUAAAGUGUAAAUCACUUUGUAAAUAUGUAUGUAACAAUAAAAAUAUAGAGAA